CUUUAAAGAAGUGAAGGCACCACACCAUGGCACUUGGGGUGUGCACGUAAGUGGAUGGAGACAGACGGUAGCACCAGAUGGACUAAACAAACAAGUUACAUAGUGUUUUGGGGAAGGACUCAGUCUUUCCCCAUGUGUGUCCUUUACUCACAUAUAGCAUGGCCCUUCUUAUACCAAAUGUGUGAGGUUUUUUCCUCAUGAGGCAAUUUUUCAACAGCAACUGGGCGUCCUACAAUUUAACUCCGUUCUAACCACCCUGUCUCCCUGGAGAUAGUGCAUGAUCCCAUGGGUUUAGGACUCAAUCCCAUGAGACUGCCCCUCUACUUCACAGACCAAUCACAAUAGUAGAUCCCAGGCUACCCACAAGUUCUGUCCAGCAUGCUACAAAUCAGAAGUUCCCCGUCUCCUCCAGUUCAACUGAUUUGCUGGAGCAGCUCAUAGAACAGAGUGGAAACAUAUUUGCCAGUUUAGUAAAGGCUAUGUAGAGGGUACAGAUGAAGAGCUACAUAGAUGAGGUCUGGGCAGAUAGCAAGUGUGGGAGCUUCUGUCCCUGUGGAUUUGGGAGUGUGCCCAGGUGUCUCUUGAUCUGUAUUUAAAUUUCAUAAAACUUACCAUUGGAAAAAUAGAUUCACAUACCCAGUUAUUUCAAACAUUCUUCAGAGUUCUACAGUAAUUAAAUCGAGGAUCAGUUUUUAAUUUUAGAUUUAAUUUUAAUUUGUUGAUUUUAAUAUUUAUUUUAUUAAGACUUUAGUAAUAAAUUAAUUGAAACUAAAUAGCAUUAAACACUCUGUUUCAGUAGCCUUAUUUUCAGAAUUCACUUGUCACCAGUAGCUAAUGCAUGUAUAACAGCAUAGGUGCAGAGUGAUGCAGUGAUAGAGGGGCCUAGUCCAUCCCACCGAAUUUCGAUGUCGGAUUUACACAUAACCUGCCUGAUGAAUUGCCUCUUCAGCUCUUGCAUGCCCUCCACCUCUCACCAGCAUCCACAGUGUACUCCCCACAGAGCCACUCAUCAAAUUUUGUUAAAUGUUAAGUGACAUACUCCACUCCUCAGACUCCUGCUCCCUCAGUGAUGUCUUACCAUGCUUAGAAUCAGUUCCAGACCACUCACAACCCCUUUGUGUUGUGGCCCCUCCUGAGCUCAGUCAUCUCAGAGCUCUCCAUGUCAGAACUCUCCAUCUCACUUGUUCUGCUUAAGCACACCAUUUACUUUCCUCCACACACCCAAGUACACACCUGCUGCAGGGCCUUUGCGCCUGUUGUACCUCUACCCAGAAUGCUCUUUCCCAAGCAUCGAAAUGCCUGACACUUGUACUACAGUCACACCUCAACUCGGUGUUGCAUCCUUGGAGAGGUUUCCCUCAACCACCUCUCCACCCCCAGCGCUAUUUUGGAGGGGGGUUUGUUUUGUUUAUAUAGCAAUGAUCUCAGCUCACUCUGUGUUCUAUAUGAACUUGCCAUCCCUGGUGGAGUGUAAGGUACAGGGGAGCUGGUAAUUCUGGUCUAACUCUUCUCUUUCCUCAGCACCUGGGACAGUGCCUGGCACAUAGUAGAUACUCAUUUGCCUCCUGAUCUGGAGCCUUCUGUGAUCCUGGGAAGAGAGAGCACUGACUCUGCCCCUUCCCUGAGAAGGCCCCACCUUCUCUGCACUGGGCCCUUCUCCAAAUGCGGACCCUCAAGGGGGAGGAAAGGAUGCCUGCUGCGCGAGGGAAGUCUAGGUCCAAGGUGCCAGUGACAUUUGGGGAUUUGGCCAUCUACUUCUCCCAGGAGGAGUGGGAAUGGCUGAGCCCCAUUCAAAAAGACCUGUAUGAAGAUGUCAUGUUGGAGAACUACCAGAACCUGGUCUCUGUCGGACUUUCCUUUCGGAGGCCAAAUGUGAUCACCUUGCUGGAGAAAGGGAGAGCGCCUUGGAUGGUGGAGCCAGUGAGGAAGCGCCGGGGCGUGGACUCAGGGUCUAAAUGUGAGACCAAGAAGUUACUUCCAAAUCUAUGCAACAAAUCUGGGCAAAGCAUCUAUCAGAAACCAGUUUCUGCUUCACAGAAGGUUCCCACUGGAAAGAGGGGCUGCAAGAGGAGUUCAGUUCUGAUAAAACCCAGGAAGGUACAUUCAGGGAAGAAAUCUUUAAAAUGUAAUGACUGUGGGAAAACCUUUGGUCAAAGCUUAUCUCUUAAACUUCAUCAGAAAUCUCAUACUGGAGAGAAGCCUUAUGAAUGCAGUAAUUGUAGAAAAGCUUUCAGACAGAUUUCAUCCCUCAUUCUUCAUCAGAAAAUUCACAAUGGAAGGAAAAGUUAUGAAUGUGGUAAAUGUGGAGAAAGCUUCAUUCAGAGAACAUCCCUUAUUCUACAUGUGAAAGUUCAUAAUGGGAAGGAAAUCUCUGACUGUGGGAAGGCCUUGAGUCAGUGCCCACCUCUCAGUGUGGGCCAGAAAAUUAAUUUUGUUGAGAACAUCCACCAGUGUGGAAAGUGUGGAAAAGAUUUCAUUCGAAUGUCAUCCCUGUUACUUCAUAAGAAAAUUCACAGUGGAAAGAAAAGAUAUAAAUGCAAUAAAUGUGGGAGAGGCUUCAAUAAGAAAUCAGCCCUUGUUAUACAUAAAAGAAAUCAUACUGGAGAGAAGACCCAUGAAAGUGAGAAGACCUUAAGUCAGAGUCCACAGCAGAAAAGUCACCAUUUAGAGAAUCCUUAUAAAUGCAGAGUGUGUGGAAAAUCCUUUAAUAGAAUUUCAUCCAUUAUGCUUCAUCAGAGAAUUCAUAUGUCAAAGAAAACCUACAAAUGUGAUAAAUGCGAGAAGGUCUUCAGGAGGUUUUCAACCCUUAUUCUACAUCUAAGAAUUCAUAAUGGAGAGAAAUUGUACAGAUGUAGUAAAUGUGAGAAGGUCUGUAAUCGGCAUUCAUCCCUUAUUCAACAUCAGAAAGUUCAUACAAGGAAAAAGAAACUGUUUGAAUGUAAGGAAUGUGGAAAGAUGUUUUCUGGAACUGCCAACCUUAAAAUACAUCAGAACAUUCAUUCUGAAGAGAAACCUUUCAAAUGCAAUAAAUGCAGUAAGGUUUUUGGCCGACAGUCAUUUCUUAUUGAACAUCAGAGAAUUCAUACUGGAGAAAAACCCUAUCAGUGUGAGGAAUGUGGAAAAGCCUUCAGUCACCGAAUAUCUCUUACUCGACAUAAGAGAAUUCAUACUGAAGAUAGACCAUAUGAAUGUGAUCAGUGUGGGAAGGCCUUCAGUCAGAGUGCACACCUUGCCCAACAUGAAAGAAUUCACACUGGAGAAAAACCAUAUACAUGCAAAACAUGUGGGAAGGCCUUUAGUCAACGGACAUCCCUUAUUCUGCAUGAAAGAAGUCAUACUGGAGAGAAACCGUAUGAAUGUAAUGAAUGUGGGAAGGCCUUUAGCAGUGGUUCGGAUCUUAUUCGGCAUCAGAGAAGUCAUUCUUCAGAGAAACCAUAUGAAUGCAGUAAAUGUGGGAAGGCAUAUAGUCGGAGUUCAUCCCUGAUUCGACAUCAGAAUACACAUUCUGAAGAAAAAGCUUAAGUUUGUUUUAAAUAUGUGAAAGCAUAGAAUGAGGCUAUCAAAGUAGCAGAGACCAAGGCAUUGGAAAAUGCACUUGUCUGUUACAUAAGUUUUAUAUAAAUGGGACCGUUUGAUGAUGUGUCCCACUUUGAAAGCCGAAGAGCAGAAGUCAUUGGAGACUUUGACCAGAUAAUUUGUGAUCACCUGAGUCAGUGACCUUAUCAUAGGUCCUAAUUUCAAAGUAGCAAACUCAUAUGAUUUGAUCAGUCAUUUUUAAUGAAUACCACACUUCAUGUGAUAAGAAUUACUGAUAUUUUAUUUCCAGUGUAAUUUAAAGCUGUUUCAUUAGUCACACACAACAAAGUAGAACUACAGAGUCCAUAUUUGUGGAUGGGGCUUUGAGCCUGAUUUAAGGUCACAUGAAGAAUGAGUUUAAGUUUGUCUCUUAGGACUGGAACUAUCACAUGUAAGAGAUUUCCUGGGCAAACCAGAGUGCUACUUCCAGCUGGCAGAAAAUUAUGGGUGAGAAAAGAGUGAGUCUUCAGGUGGUUAAAGAUAGUCCUCAUAAUUGUGUGGAUCAGUUGAGUCAUUGCCAUAUUGUCUCCGAAUGAAGAUGUAAUAUUCAUCGUGUGAAAAAUCUGACAAGCCUGAGACAAACUGAUGGGAAAAAAGAAAGCAGAGAAAUGAGAAGUUAAAAGCAGGGAGAAAUUAUUUGUUACUGUUUUACUAAAAAUAAAUUUGUCUAUAUUUAUAUAAAUAAACAUUGGUAUUUUCCUGUAAGAACCCUGGUGUGUAAUAAGUGAUUGGUGGAAAAUGAGAUGCCAUUCCUUGAAUAUGUCUUCUCAAAAUGCAUAUGUUGAACCCCUAACCUCUAAUGUGAUGGUACUUUGAAAUGGGACCUUUGGGAGAUAUUUAGGGAAUAGAUGAGGUUAUGCGGGUGCAUCAUGAUAGGAUUAGUGUCUUUUUAAAAAAGGAUGCCAGAGAUCUUGCUCUUUCUAGUUUAUGAAGAUAACUGCAAGAAGAUGGCUGUGUAUAAGCCAGGAAGGUAGUCCUCACUACAUCCAACCAUGUGACAUCCUGACCUCGGACUUUUAGCCUCCAAAACUAAACAAAUAAGUUUCUUUUGUUUAAGUCACCUCCUCUGUGGUAUUUUGUUAUAGCAUCUGGAAUGGCUAAUACAUCGGGGGAAACCCUGGAUUUAUGUACCAGGCUCUCUUCCUAUCUGCUAAUCACCAUAUAUGAUAACUAUCAGUCUCUGUUUCCAGCUUGUGCAAAGUAUGUGAGAAAUAAAAUCAGAUUUUUUGUUACUGGGCUGUAUAUACUUGCACUCUUCUGCAAAAGCCAUUUUUAAAACCACCCAUAUCCUGUUAAGGUAACUGUGGAAUGCAUGACCACAUGGCUUUAGGUCACUCUGAUUUUGACCACAACUGAGAAAAUAACAUCCAGAUUUGCAGAGGGUAAGCAUGCAUACAGAGUAACAGUAAAUUUUCACUUACACUUGUCAUAGUUAUUCUGUAAAAUCAGCAUAAAAUAUCUCUGAUAUUUGGAGCAAAUAGGUGAGCAGAUAAUAAAGGUUCAUGGAGAGGCAUGUCUAUUCUUCCUCCCCUUCCAUGCCCUUCCCUUUGUUUAAUUCUUUUGUUGGUCUGCCAUAGGGAUUGAUUCCAAAUCAUUGGUCACAAACCUAGUAAACUGUUAAGACAGUGUUCUUGCUUAUAGACACUUAGAAUUUAUAAGGAAAUAGAGCAUAUUAGAAUGUGGAAACAUACCCGGUACACAGGUAAUCUAGAGAAGAUGGUGAACUCCAAGGUGAAUAGAGGACAGGGGGACAUGGUCCCUUGGAGAUAGUGACUAUAUUAAAGGAAGAAUAGGACAUUAAAGUUGGCAAGGCACACAAAAAUUGGAAGGCUGCUGAGGGCAAAGAGAAAGUACAGAUGCAGAAAAUAGUCACAGAAGGUUGUAGAGUAUUAAAGGAAUUACAAAUUUCGGUAUUUAGUACAGUGACUGGCACACAGGAAGUGGUUAGUACUUAUUAAAUAUUGAGUUAAAAAUGGAUUAAUGAAAAUAGUAUAUCCUGAUUUCCUCUGAGAUGUAAUUGACAGGGAACACUUAAACCUGGAGGUGACCCAGGUUUAUUGAGAUAAACCCUUGGGAAAACAGGCUCCCAUUUUAAGGAAUCACUAGUAAUGUUUGAAGACUGCUAAACUCUGGGUAACCAUAGCAAGAGCCAAACUUAAACCUAGCCCACUUCCUGUCUAUAUUAAUGACACUCCCCCCCCCCCCCCCCCCCCCCCCCGCCACACACAAGAGGCUUAACAGAAGAAAUGACACAACCAUUUCUAGGAAGUCUAUUUUCCUCUUUCUGCUGUCCUGUACAAGAUUCCUGGCUUGGGGCUUGGGGCAGGAGGGGAGCAAAAUUAAGUACUGCAAAAAAGCAAGAAGAAUCUACACUCCCCACUCCCACCAAGUGAAAGAACAACCCAGAAUUACUGAGAAGUAUAUAGGUGUUGGGAUGACAGAAUUUUUAAUAUGUUAAAGGUUCUAAUAAAGUUGCACAACAGCAAAUAACAUGGGUCAUUUGAGCAGAGAGAGAUGAAUGAUGGAAAUACUAAAAAUGACCACAAACUGUACCUUCAGCAGGCUUACCAAUAUACUUGACACAGCCAAGGAAAGAAUACGUGAACUUGAGAAUCCCCCAAGCCAGAACAACUUGGGGCAGGGGGCAAGGGGUGCAGGGAGAUGACAAAAAAGAACAUCCAAGGGCUGUGGGGGAAGGAUCUACUGUUCCAACACAUGCAUAACUGGAAUCCCAGAAGGACCAGAGGAAAUGAGGAAGAAAUAUUUGAAGAUGCAAUAAUGACUGAUGACACCAGAACAUAGAUAUAUAUAGGUCAGAGAAUACCACGAAUGAUUUUUUAAUUAUGGAGAAACAAUGAUAAGAAUUACAGCAGACUUAGGGGGGAAAAAUUACAGUAGGGGCACCUGGGUGGC